CCAAUAACCUAACUUUUGUCAUCCUAAACCUCCUCAUUUAUUGCUUCUAUUGUAUUUGCAGUUGUUUGCUUCAAUUCACUUUGUUUGUUUGUUUCUACGACUCGAUCUUUGGUGUCUGUUAUGUUAUUUGUCUUAGACACCUCAUUACCUGAACUGAGGAUCUAGUUGCAUUAAUAGUUAUGGAAGAUCAUGAUAAGGUUUAUCUGGUUGUUUCUGGAGUUAUCUCAUGGACAAGUGCAUUCUUGUUAACAAAAAAGGUUUUUCCGAAACGCUCUUUUGAUUUCUGUAACCGUAUUGUUUCUACAAUUCAUGCUGUGUUUGCAGUCGUCUUGUCUUCUCUAUCUGUUCAAGACUGGAGAUGCCCAGUUUGUCCCUUGGCUGCAAACUCUUCCCCUCUUCAGAUGAGAGCUUUAGCAGUCACUCUUGCUUAUUUGAUCUAUGAUUUAGUAUGUUGCUUGUUCGACACCAACAUAAAGAUCGAUAACGCGGUUCAUCAUUUAGUUAGCAUUGUUGGAAUUGGAGCAGGCCUUGCUUAUGAAAAGUGUGGAUCAGAAAUGGUAGCUGCAUUGUGGAUCACAGAGAUAUCCAGUCCAUUUCUCCAUUUAAGAGAACUUCUCAAAGAGCUUGGUUAUAAAGACACCGAUCUCAAUUUAGCUGCUGAUGUUUCAUUCGCAGCAAUCUUUACAUUUGCAAGGAUGUGUUUUGGCCCAUAUCUCUGCUAUGUCACACUAUCUGCGAACAAUCCUUUUCUAAUCAAGGCAAUGGCCUUGGGACUGCAAUUGGUCAGUGCUUUCUGGUUCUACAAGAUUGUAAGAAUGGUGAAACAGAAAUUGAUUAAGAGAUCCAAAACCAAAACCAGUUAGCUCAAGCUCAUUAAUUAUAUAUGUAUACAUACAACUCAUUCAAGAUCUGUAUAUUUCCUGAAUAAUGUUUAUGAAUUUCUACUUUUGGAUUAA